AAGAUCCCAAACCCACGUAAACCCCUCUGUGGAAGACUCGAAAACUUUUCAACAGUACCCACUCUCACGGAGAUCUAAAGCACCUCUCUCUCUCUUGCUUUUACGUUCUUUCAUCACCAUAACCAUGAGAAGAGCAUCAACUCUCGCAUCAUCUAUCAUUCCGAGAACCAUCGCCGCCGCGCAUGACGGUGGCGCCACUACUGUCCACAACCGCAUACUCCAGGCUGCGUUUUUCUGCAGCAGCAGUAGGAUCAGUUUCUGCAACCGCCGGCGCUGGUUAUCUCCGUUUCUUAAUUCCUUUUCAAAUGGCUCGGCUAGAGCCGUCUCUCUCGGCGUAACUGGUGCUCUAGCUUCGGUUGUCGUGGCAGCUUCCUUCUCCCAAGCCGUUUACGCUAAGGAGCCGCCGGCGGGGGAACUUGUUCCGAAAGAUGUUGUUCUUUAUCAAAUUUUAGUUGGGGAUCCGCAGAAGGAAGCAUCAACAUACGAGGUCUUUUCCCUAAUUGCAAAAGCAUUCUUGGACUACUAUGAUAUACCAUAUAAAGUUGUGGAAGUCAACCCACUCAGCAAGAAAGAGAUAAAGUGGUCUGAUUAUAAGAAGGUGCCAAUACUGAUGGUAGAUGGGGAACAGCUUGUUGACUCAUCAGAUAUAAUUGAUAAGUUGAACCAGAAGAUCUUUCCUGAGAAGUCAGUUGACUCUGCCUUAGAUGAAAAUGAAGAGAGAAAGUGGCGCAGGUGGGUUGACAAUCACCUGGUGCAUGUUUUAUCGCCAAACAUUUAUCGCAAUACUUCUGAGGCUCUUGAGUCCUUCGACUAUAUAACCAGCAAUGGUAACUUUGGCUUCACCGAGAAAAUAACAGUAAAAUAUGCUGGAGCAGCUGCUAUGUAUUUCGUAUCGAAGAAACUGAAGAAGAAAUAUAACAUUACUGAUGAGCGUGCUGCCCUGUAUGAAGCUGCAGAGACAUGGGUUGAUGCUCUAAAUGGUCGGGAGUUUCUUGGGGGAUGCAAGCCUAAUUUAGCGGACCUUGCAGUCUUCGGAGUGUUGAGACCCAUCCGCUACUUGAGGUCUGGUAGAGAUAUGGUGGAGCACACUCGAAUCGGAGAAUGGUACUCGAGAAUGGAGAGUGCAGUGGGAGAGUCAUCAAAGGAUCAAGGCCUAGUGUGACAUUCCAAACUAUUCUAUCUAUAUUGUUUUGAGUUUGCACGAUCCUUUCCCGACAUUAAUUUAUCUUCAGCAGGAGUAAAACACAGAAAAUUUUGACAAUAAGCAAUUUUGUGCAGAAAUCUGCCAACCUCAAUUUUUAUUAUUUAUUAAACCAAUAUUGUCACUGUGGUUAGAGUUGCUAAGCAUAGUCUGCAUAGUUAAAGCAGCAUAUAUAUGCUCGCUUUUCAGUUGUAAUUCAUAUACGCUAUAGUUAUGUGAGAGAUCAUAUGUCCUUGUA